AAUAAUGUGAAGGAUGUAUUUAAACCUAGGAAAAAUUACAUUUCUGCUUGCCAGCGUCUUUUGUUGUAAAUGUGCUACAAUGUGGAACAGUAAGACUGCAGGAUGUUAUAACAAGAUCUGCAACGUAACUGAUAUAGAGGAUCCAGAUGGAAAGGAACAGUGGUAUCUAUUUUCGACAAAUCUGACGAAAUAUGACAUGAAUGUUUUGCCAGCAUGGUGUGAUUGCAUUACAGGGAAGGGGGUUAAUGUAGCUGUUGUUGACGAAGGUGUAAGCAACCAUACAGAUCUUCGACUUGUGAGUGAAAUAAUAUAUCAACAUGUUUAAUGUAAAUUAAUUAAAAGCAAUUAAGCUAGG